AUGAAAACCGUAAACUCUUCAAAAUCUCAACGAGUCCUUGAGUUUGUUCCGUCAAUUAGACCAUCGUUCCUUUCGGUGGUCUUAGUUUUAGUUUGCGGAUGUCUCUGGGUGAGAAAUGAAGCAACAAACGAACGACUGAUUUCACUGGAAUCUCGUAUUUACUGUGUUCCUUGCACUAAGCGUGGCACGAUUGAUAAUCUUGACAGGAUGACUUUCUCACCGACAAAAGAUAUCGCAAUAGACCUUUCCAAGAAGAUGCAGACACAAGUUUCAGAUGAUGGGAACGGCUAUACCUCAGGUAAAAUUUAUUCUUACUCUUCUUACUUGGAUGGCCUUGUGUACAUUGAGGAUGUUUAGACCUGCUUUUAUCCUCCCUCGGUUAACACAUAACCUUUCAUGACGUGAGUUCGCGUUAACAACACGGGAUCUUUUGCAAUUCCAAAAUAGUAUCAGAUUUUAACUUAGAAUGUAUGAAACUGUUUUGUAAUGCUCCCUAGAUGUCAGGAAUUAUGCCACUGCCACUGAUAAAAAACCGAAGAGAUCUACAGCGUAAAUGAAGUUGAAUUUAUAAAUAAUGUGUUUACAAGGGCAGAACAAGAUUCCUUCACGCGCCAGAUAGUCGAUAUCAUUACCAUACAGCUUUUCAACAACAUUGUCUUUUUAGGAUUUUUAGCUAGACGACAUUAGAUGAGGUUCCUUAAACAUUUCUUUAAGUGAGGGCUGCAUGUGCUUCUGGUUUGAGGUUAUUUGGGGUCUCGGAAUUGAAAAGUAUUGCGUGACCAAUUUCAAGCAAUAAUGACCCAAUUCUUGGCAAUUUAUUUUUCGAUUUAUCUUUUUGCUUUAGAUUGAGCUAUUUUCGUUUCGCACUUUCUGGAUAAAUUUUCGUAUAGUAUAGACAUUAUAGAUCAGUAUAGACAAAAGGCAUGUAUUAAGAUAUUAUUCAGUCAUGGAGAUAUUUCCGUUUCUUUCAAAGGAGUUUAGUCUAAUUUGAAAAACCUUUCUUAACUCUUAUGGGAUUACAAGAGCGAUUGAAAGUAGGUGUAUAUCAAGAUCUCAGUUGGCUUGAAAUUCGUGCGCAGGUCUUAAGAUUCGAUUCUAGUUCUUUUGUGAGUUACCUUUAACAGAAAUGUCAGCCGUAUCAUUCUUUCGUUCCUUCUCGAUCUUGCUCAUUUUUACAAUUUAUCAAUGGAUAAUUAAAAGGUAUUAUCAAAUUUUACUUCACUGCAGUCAGCCCGUUGUCAAUAGAGGCAUCAGCAACCAUCCGGUUAAGAAAGCGAAGAAACGUUUUGAACAACACUUCAACUGGCAUCACCAUACAAGAAGUGAAAAAAGAAAUCAGCAAACAGUUUGAACAACUUAUGCCAACCAAGUACUGUAAGUCAAGUGAGAAGGUCUGUCCUGCAGGUCCCCCCGGAUAUCCUGGUCCCAUUGGAGCGAGGGGACCACGUGGCAGGAGGGGACCAAAGGGAAAGAAAGGUCCUCAAGGUCCCAUGGGACCCCCUGGAAAAUCUGGAAAAACAGGAAUAAGGGGUCCUGCAGGACCGAGAGGAGAAAAGGGAGAUAAAGGUCCUCAAGGUCCCAUGGGACCACCUGGAAAAUCCGGAAAAACAGGAAUGACGGGUCCCGCAGGACCGAAAGGAGAAAAGGGAGAUAGAGGAAACCCUGGGCCAAAAGGCAUGCCGGGGCCACCUGGAAGGCCUGGAAAAUCGAUAUCUGCUCCACGAGUGGUGCUGACGCCAGCAGAGCAGACACGAGAUGAGGGAGGAAAUACUGCAUUUUAUUGCACGGUCGCUGGAAAUCCUUCCCCAGUCGUGGAAUGGCAAUUUAAGGGCAUAAAGCUUCUGUCCGGUGCAAAGUAUUUGAUUAAAGAAGGAGAGUUGAUCGUUAGAAAUUUGAAUUACAGCGAUGCUGGACCGUACACAUGUGCUGCUAGGAACAUUCUUGGAUCGUCCGAGGCCACUGGUAACUUGUCUGUUCGAGGUGAGAGAAGCAUUCAUUGUUGAGGUUUGUUGUAUAACAGGCCGUCAAAUUUUGUUUGUUAUAUCAGUAUUAUAUGUUACAUGUUCUUGCAAGGUGAUAAGGUUGUGAGAAUUGAACGGCGCAUAAACAUCUCAAGAAAACUAUACGAUGUGAAGGUACACUGACAGAACAUCAUCCUCACCUGACCUUUAUUUUGACACGCUUUCAGAAUCCGGUUAAGGCUUUAGUAGCCGCCAGACUACGACUUCUUGAAAAAACCCUUUAACAGAUUUGCCAGCUAAUAACUAAUUGGUUUCAUCGCUCCAUUUCUUUUCUGUUAUGCAAACAAACAUUUCUUGACAAAGUUUCCCGGAAAAGAAAACACCUAAUUUUUUCAUUUUUUCAGUUGUAAUCUUGCCGUUCCCCGGAGGGUAUUUCUUAGAAUGCCCUGUGCAGGGAGCCGACUCCUUCCUAAGGGGGUACCAUUUUGAGGCUUCAGGUAUAUGAAAGGGUCCGUGUUUUACUAGUUGAAGUAUAGUAUAUAGAUUUAGCCAGGGCUAAAAGCGAAGCUCCCGUUAAUAAAUUCAUAAUUUAAAUCAAACAAUAAACUUGUAAUCCACAGAUCAGGGCACAUUCAUUUGACUUUUGAGGCAAAGGCUAAGUGGUUUUAGAGAAAAAUAAUUUGACAGUCUAAGAGUGAAACAAAUUUUACAUCGAGUUAUUAAAUAGUCUUAUUUGUACACCCAAAAGUAGCAAUCAUGUUCGAUCACAGUAGAUUAGGCCUGGAAAACAAAUAGACCUAUUCGUGUAUUGUAUUUGCAUUAGCUGUUGCAUCAUAAUGUGGCAUUCACCAGUCUCUCCAAAAUUGCUCCGUUAGAGAGACUAUGGAUAAUUGGACAACCCCGAAAUAUAAACACGCGCCACGAUAGUCCUUGGUGGCAGCCAAUUUACACGUUGCAUUCCUCUGUCUAAAAGAGAAGCCAAAAUAAAAGAUCAGCCCGGAUUUUUUGUAUUCGACAAGUCUAGGUUACUAGUAAAUCUUGGCGACGAAUCUGGUGGCGUGUAAACCAGCCUUUUAAACGUACUUUUUUCAUCACGUCUCAGGUAACUACUAUGUGGCCCUUUUUUUAUCAUACAGACCUCGGACAGAAUUUGUUCUUUUUUGCCCUAUGUAAACCUAUAAUUCUGCAGUUUUUCACAAUUUUGCAAGAGAAUUUGCACUCAUUCAAUAUCCACGACGAUAAAAGCACGCGCUUCCUUUGCACAACAAAUUAAUUAUAACAUUGAAUUAUAAAACGUUUUCAUGAAGAGAAUUCUAUAAUGCCGGGACUUUUCAGUUCGAAAAAUCUGGUCCUGUGUGACAUGCACGGUAAUAAUUAUGGGCUUUUAAUGAAAACGAUUAAAAAGAAAUUCCCAAAAUCACUUUUCGGCCAGCCGGACGGAUUCUCACUUUUCACAGGCACCAAAUUUGCAGUGCGAUUAAUAGAGUUACCACUUACGCUUCAACAUGAUAGAGAAAUUGUUAUGUUUCGGUUUUAUUUCCCUUUAUUUAUUAAACUGUGUAUGGUUUUGUUAUGUGUAAUCUUUAAAAGCGAGUGAUAUUUACGCGCGGCGUUUUGAGCGAUGUUUAUGUUUGACAGGAAACAACCGGUGCAGCGAUAAAAAUUCCGAGAGGGACUACUAACAAUCAAGAAAAUAAAUAUAAUUCGGUGAAACAUGUACAGAGACAAUAAUUUCCAUUCACGAAGAGAAGUGUUGAGAGUAAAGUGUCUCUGAAAAUCAUGAGUCAGAUAAGUAUAAACUUAUUUAUGUUUUAAGCGGGCUUCCCGGUGUUUGCUCUUUUUCAAGAUGAACUCGAGGCAAGAAAAUCGCUCAGAGCUUUCUGUUUACAGUCAAAAUCAUAACUAAAUAGUCUUCGGAACCUUUUCUUUGAAUUUGCGGUCAAAAAAUGUCUAAAGGCUUUUUAAAACUGAUACUAUUGUAGUGUUAGAUCAUUGCUCGUGUAUAAACUUAAGCCGCAUAAACCAUACGCUCGACUUCAGGAAACCGAAAAAAAAAACACAUCAUAGACAAUAAUUGCUCAGGCUUACCAGUCGAGAUGCUGCUUUUGAAGGUCAUCAAGUGUUCCAGAAUCGCUUGAGAAUUUUCAACCCUCUUACGCCUCAAGCAAGGGCAAGUGAGUAAGCUCAUUUUUGAAAACGAUGCCAUCCGAAAUCGGAUUUCCAAUGACUUUGACAAGCGCUGCAUUUGUCAACAAAGAGCGCAAUAAACAAACCAGCCAUGAAUUACAGAACAAUCUUGAUGGCAGCUGUAUUUCAUUUUGUACACCAGGUAGAAAAAGACAGUUUAAAACAUCACAAGAUGACACAAAACUCUGUCAGCUCCAGCUAUCAGUAAGCAAGUUACCAGACGCUGCAUAAAUUUUCCGCACGAACUCACCUGUCAAAUUUUGACUAAUCAGAACAUAAAAAUUGGACGUAGAGCGUGAUAACGCGUGACAGCGAGAAAAGACAAAAGCGAUUGCCUUCCCUGCAUGAAUUUUCGCGUCCGAGGUCAGUUCGAAAUCAAAAUUCUAAAAGUGCGGCUCAUGAACACGACUUAUUUCAUAUGCAAUUUAAACAAAUUGAACUUGAGCCUGCGAUCAUUUGAAAGGUAGCAACUUGCCAGCGGAUACCUUCAAAAAACACUCGAACUCACUGGGUCGAUACCUGAGCCCGCGAUACGGUCAGGCGAUACUGGUCAGCAGAAACACUAUUUUGACAGCUGUCAAUUAAUGAAAACAUGGAUGUACAAUAUCAGGUUGCAGGCUCCUAAAGUAGGUAGAAAGUGUGAGAUUAAACAUUGGUAUGCCUGUGGUGCGGACGGACGGAAGGUCGGGUGGUCGGUGUACGGUCACGUGAUUGCCGAAUUUUGUAGGAUGGAUAGUUUUUCUAAGCUAUGGGGCUUCGAAUUGAGCCCAUGAUCAAAUAAAAUAUCAGCGCAAAACUUGAAACACUAUGUGACCUCAAUGGAUAGAAAAAUGAGCCCGCGAUACACUCAGGUAAUGAUGGUCAGCGUAUACUCUAGUUUGACAGCUGUCAAUUAACCUUCAUUAGAAUGGCGAAUAUUCGAAUCAACAGACUACGAGUGUGAGUAAGACAUAUCCGUCCGGCAUGUAUUGGAAAAUGCCAGAUCGUGUACCUGAGCGAGCCUGAGCCCACGUUAUUAGUUUUCUGAUAGUGGUCUGCACAUGUCCCAUUUUGAAAGCUGUCAAUUGACCUUAAUUUGGCUUGCCAAUAUAACUUUAAACGACUGUCAGCCAACUGACAGCCUUGCCAGGCGUAGUUUCGUUUUUGUGUUGAAUUGGUAAGUGUGACAUAUUAUAUCAGCUUAUAUGUAGGGGCAAAACGACUGGUCUUUUAUCUGAGCCCGCGAGAUGGUCAUGUGAUAAUUGUCAGCGGAUGUCUGAUCUUGACAGCUGUCAAUCUAAUCGUACUCAUACGGAUGGCUUACAUAACUAAGAGGCUAGUCAAGUUGUGCAAGUCUGCAAGAUCUAUUGUGACAUUUGACAUCGGCUUACAUGAAGUGGGUGUACGGGUGGGUGUACGGGUGGACGGGCGGGCGGGCGUACGCUACGUCACAACCAAAUUUUCUCGGAUGGAUAGUUUACCAAAUUUUCUUACCCAUGGUGCUCCGCUAUAAUAGUGUAGGGAAAUCUGUCAUUUCGGUCUGUAAAAAAGAUCUAAAAGGGCUAGCGGAAGGAUGAUAUGGCUGUGAAAAAGUCGAGAAAAUUUUCUGCCUUUGUGAUUUAUUCACAUUUUGAAGACAAUGCGUUGAUCUCCCUUCGUGCAAAGUCCUAAACUACGCAUGUGAAAGGGGCAUCUUUUCUGUUGAAAAUUACAUAUGGUGUUGGACCUCGGGGCGGAGCCUCCCAGUAUAACACUUUGAAGAGUACCCCCCCUUCUUCUCCUCCACGGUGUCGUCCAAUUAGUUGUAGUAUUUCAACCUGGUAUUAAUUAUUUUUCCAGGUCUUCCAAUAUUCACAAAAGUUCCACCUUUACUUGCUGCACCGGUACAAGGCACUACAUUCCAAGUAACCUGUCAAGCUCAAGGCUAUCCUCGUCCCGUAGUAACCUGGACUAGAGCAGCAAUGCCUUUACCUGCUGGAAAAACGAAAAUAAACCAAGGCACACUUACCAUUAACAACUUGAUUCCUGCCGACACC